CUUCACACCAUCCGAGCUUGGCCAAUUCUUAAUUCAGCUCCAGCAACUCUUGAUGCCGCUCGCGCCUGUUUGACGCAGAACCUGAAUUAGUUAACAGACCGGCCUAGAAGGGCGAAGCAGUUGUUUGUAUCCGAACCAUGUCGCAUUCACUCGGCUGCUGCGGCUCUUCGUGGGUGUGAUUCACAGUCAUGAUGAUUUGAUCCACGUCAUUGUUCAUCCAGCAUGUAUAACUUAUAACAAAUGUCCUAUGGCUGACUUGCUACAAACGGGAGCUACAUUCGCUGUUACAGCUUUUCUUUCCUUGAACGAGUACGCGUUCGUCACGAGCUUCUUCACUGAUGUUGAUCUAGACAGCGCACUGCUACGAGACAAGAUCAAAAAGAACAAAAAACAUACAACAGCCGGUGUUCGCUGAUGGUCACCCACUCAACUACUAAUCUGCCUCUCAUUGGCUUGACGAUGGGAGAGCAGACGGGA